AUGGCUCAAAAGAUUAGCGUCAACAAAGGACUUAGGUUUGGCAUGGCGCAGCUGGGAGCGUUUGCUAAAAUGGGUAUGAUGAUCGACUUGUGCGGCCCCCAGCAUAAUCACCAAUUUUCGGAGAUUUGCUGGUUAAGCUAUUGUGGUUCCCUGGAGUCGCGGGGUCACACCGACCGAAGUCUGCUCCAGGUCUUCACCACAACAGGCAGUCGCAGCCCUUGUGGAUCAGAGGGGAGUUUGCCACCAUGCGACUAG